UGCCGAAAUUCGCGACCUGCGCUGUGAUGACGACCUCCUCGAUUUUCAGCUUGAUGCGCCCUUCUUCCCUUCAACCCCAUCCCAUAUUCGAAGAGCCCCCAAUUCGUUGGUUUUGGAAGAAAAUUGCGAGUAUUGUUGGUAGGGUAGCUGUGUUUCUGAGUUGUCCGCUGAGGUUGAUUGGUGUGGAGAGUUUUGGGUGCCAAACCGGUGGCAUGCGGUGAUUUUUUUGUUGUGCCGCAGGGCGACGUGCUUGAAGACAGGCGAUGCGUUGUGUCUGUCGUUCGGGGGGAGCUUGAUCAGGAGUAGAAAUAGUGUGAAUACUGUUUCACAAAGUUGGUGGAAAGUACCAAUUGAAGAUAAUUCUACUUACAUUUCUUUCGAGUUUGUAGUCAUCUCAGGGUAUGAGUAGUGACGGGCAACACGAUUUUGCCGUUGAGAAUAAGUACUUGGUGCACAAAUCUUUCAACAUUUGACGGGAGUGUAGAGUUCCAGUCCAAUUCUGAGAAGCAAGAAGCAUGGUGAAAGCCGUGCGCGUACAUGCGGUCGGAGGUCGUCACCAUCUCCAACUUGAAGAGGUUGAGCUGCCUCACCCUGGUUGCGAUGAAGUUGAAGUCCGACAUAGGGCAAUUGGGUUCAAUUACCCAGACAUGGAAGAUUGUAGAGGAGUAGGUCAUCACACUAGUCAUUCAAUUUUCACACCAGGCCUUAGCGCUGUGGGUGUUAUUACUGAACUAGGUACUGGAGUGCUUAAUCAUCAAAUAGGGCAGCGCGUGGGCUACGUAAACCCGCCCAAAAAAGGCGCCUUCAGUGAGACGAGUAUAUUACCAACGAACUGCCUAAUUCCUCUUCCCUCGAACAUCGCUGAUGAGGAAGCUGCUGCUUUACUCUUCCCAGGCUUGACGGCGUGGAUGACGUUGAAGAAGCUGAAGCCUCUUCGACGUGGUGAUGCAGUGUUAGUUCGCAAUGUGACAAGUGGACUUGGGUCUAUAAUCGCUCAGUGGGCGAAACACUUCCAAGCUUUUGUAAUAGGGACCGUUAGUUCUGAAGAUCGUGUUGAGCAUGCAAAAAAUAAUGGGUGCCGUGAAGUUCUCGUCAAUCGGGAUGAGGCAAGCUCCCAGUGUGGUUUUGCUGACGAGGUGAGGGAGUUGACAUCUGGAGAAGGGGUGGAUGUCGCAUUUGAUUCGAUAGGAAAUAACACUUUCAUGGCGUCUCUCGAUUGUUUGGCUCCGAAGGGAAUGCUGGUUAGCCUCGGCGCUAAAGGAGGCGAUGCCCCAGUGCUCAACCUCAAUUAUCUUGCAGGAAAGACAAGUGUGGUGGUGGCAUUUCCCGUCUUGGCAGAUUAUGUAAAGCGAAAAGUUGAUCUUCUAGAAGGUGCGCAAUUGCUCUUCGAACUGUACAAGGCUGGUGAUCUGAAAGUUGAGAUUGCUAAGAAGGUUGAUUUGAAUAUGAUAAGCAAAGAGCUCGAUGAGAUGGUGGAGGUAGAGUUUCAGGGUUCGGGUUCGUGUAUCCUCAUUCCUCCUAUUCCUACUCCGGAGCAUUACUACUCUUCGAAGUAGAGUUUGCCAGAUCCAGACACUUGACGGUUUCAAAGCAGGAGGGGUAAAAGGUGGAAGAUGAGUUCAACUACCGGAGCCAUAAAUAGAAAAAAGUGGUAGGUAUGAUGAAAAUAAGGUGAUUGCUUACCUUUAUUCUUAUCUGUACACUUUGGUAUAACUUUGUACACUACAAAGUUGGAGGUUUUUUCUUGUAAUGGAACUUGUUUUACUGAGUUGGGCA